AUGGCCAAACUAGACCUGACGAUACCAAAUCUCAAACUGCCUGAUGGCAAUCAAAUACCAAUGAUUGGAUAUGGAUUGGGCACAGCGUGGUACAAGAACGAUGCCAAUUCUCCCAAAGACCAGGCAACGAUCGAUGCAACCAAGACGGCCAUCGGGGUUGGCUAUACCCAUCUGGAUGGAGCAGAAGUAUACAACACCGAAGAGGAAUUGGGUGACGCCAUUAAACAAAGCAAAGUUCCUCGCGACAAACUGUUCAUCACCACGAAGGUUCUGCCCCAUAUCGACGACAUUCCCGGCGCCAUUGACGCAAGUUUGAAGAAGUUGGGGUUAGACUAUGUCGACCUCUAUCUCAUCCAUGCACCCUUCUUUGCUAAGGGGGACCCUAAAGUUCUUCAGCAGAAAUGGGCGGACAUGGAGCAGUUGGCGGCAGCAGGGAAGACGAAAAGUAUCGGUGUCAGCAAUUUCUUGAAACCCGACUUGGAUGCCAUCCUUGAGACUUGCAAAGUGCAACCUGCAAUGAAUCAGAUUGAAUUCCACCCGUACCUCCAGCAUGGUGACCUCCUGGCAUAUCACCAGAACAAAGACAUCAAGGUGGCGGCCUAUGGUCCUUUGACGCCCAUCACUCGAGCUAAGGGCGGUCCUCUGGAUGGAUAUCUGGAUUCUUUGGCCAAAAAAUAUGCAGUCAACCCGGGAGAAGUUCUUUUGAGAUGGUGCAUGGAUCAGAACGUGGUCCCUAUCACCACAAGUUCCCAAAAACAGCGCUUGAGCGAUAUGUUACGAGUUUUCACGUUCGAACUCACGCCCAAGGAAGUUGAAGAGAUAUCUGAACUGGGCAAGACCCACCACUUCCGAGCAUUCUGGAGUCGCUUCUUUGAUGCCAACGACAAGUCGUGA